AUGGAAGUGCUGCAAUAAGAGGACAAUUAAUUCAGAUAUAAACUCAUGAAUGUAUUCUUCCAAUACAUAAAAAAUGCCCUAUUCAUCCUAUUAAUUGGAUACGAAGGAAUUAAAUUACUAAACAUUGAUCAUGAUUGUUAAUUAUCAGAGAUUACUUAUAUCAGUACAUUGUAUCAUGGAGGAAUAAUUAUAUUACUCUUUAACAUUGUCUCUGCAUGUUAUAUACUAUAUUAGAAGCACUUUGUGAGAAUUGAAUACUUUAUUACUUACGGACUAAAUAUGUUGGUUUUUGUAUGUAUGCUGCUAUUUUCCUUACAAUAAUUGAUCUAGGGAAGUUGCAGCAUCGGAUAAUUAUCAGUCAAGUACUAUAUAAUAAUAUCAUUCAUCACUCAGUUGGAUGUAUUAUUAAUUAUGAUGUUCAAACAUGAAUUUUCAAACAGACAAACCAAUAUAUGUUCCAAUACUGCUGUUGUGAUACUGUUAUUAAUGACUAAGAUUGAUAAUGAUUGUGCAGUCAACGCAUUAUCAUUGGAGAUUCAACUAAUCUCUGCUAAUAUUUUGACAUUACUCUUUUUCACUGUUCUCAACGUAGCAAUUAAUCUAUUUCCAAAACUCAGAGAACAACUAACAAAUGCAUUUAAGUUUGUUUGUGUCUUGGUUCUGUGUUUCCUUAUCCUAAAUUAUCUAUUAAUAGUUUACUUUGUUCAAUCAGGUGAUAUCAAAGAGAAUUAAGAGUGCAUGCCUCUUGAUUUUAUUACUAGAACCUAUUGUUUUCUGGCUCCUGUCAACUUGAUUGGAAUGAUACCAAUUUUAGCAUCUUUCAAAUUUGAAACUAUCGAUGAGGAAGAAGAGGAUAUUGUUGUCCCAUAAUAAUAAGCAGAGAUUAUUUCUCCAUCCAGAGGAUUGCCAAUAUAGAAUUCACCCUCCCCCUUUUAAUAAUCGAAGUUAUCGUUAAACAAUAACACAACUCCUUAUAAGAUUAUUGUAAAUAAUAAUCAACUUUCCCCUGACGAGCAAUUUUUGAUGGGUAAACAUCAACAACCACAAUAUUGA